AUGGUGGGUUAUUUUUUGGGGGGUGGAGAUUUGGGUUUUGGGGGAUUGGGGUGGGGGUCCGGUGUUUGGAGUGGGGUGUGGGUGGGGGGUGGUGUGGGGGUGAGGAGGUGGGGGGGGGUUGUGGGGGUGGUUGGGGGGGGGGGGGGUGUUUGUUUGUUGUGUGAGGGUGGGUUGGGGGGGGGGGGGGGGGGGGGGGGGGGGGGGGGGGGGGGGGGGGGGGGGGGGGGCGGGGGGGGGGGGGGGGGGGGGGGGGGGGGGGGGGGGGGGGGGGGGGGGGGGGGGGGGGGGGGGGGGGGGGGGGGGGGGGGGGGGGGGGGGGGGGGGGGGGGGGGGGGGGGGGGGGGGGGGGGGGGGGGGGGGGGGGGGGGGGGGGGGGGGGGGGGGGGGGGGGGGGGGGGGGGGGGGGGGGGGGGGGGGGGGGGGGGGGGGGGGGGGGGGGGGGGGGGGGGGGGGGGGGGGGGGGGGGGGGGGGGGGGGGGGGGGGGGGGGGGGGGGGGGGGGGGGGGGGGGGGGGGGGGGGGGGGGGGGGGGGGGGGGGGGGGGGGGGGGGGGGGGGGGGGGGGGGGGGGGGGGGGGGGGGGGGGGGGGGGGGGGGGGGGGGGGGGGGGGGGGGGGGGGGGGGGGGGGGGGGGGGGGGGGGGGGUGGGGGGGGGGGGGUGGGGGGGGGGGGGGGGGGGGGUGUGGGGGGCCGAGGGCGAGGCGUUUAGUGGCAUCACGUAUCUCGGAUGA